AUGGCUGCCGCAGCAAAGCUCCCGAAAGUGCCGCUGGGUCGGCAAGGACUCCUCGUGUCCGCCCAGGGCCUGGGCUGCAUGGGCAUGAGCGAUGCGUACGGUGACUACAACAGCGACGGGGCGCAGGCGGAGUCUUUGGCCGUCCUGGACAAGGCUCUGGAGCUCGGCUGCACGUUCCUCGACACCGCGGAGGUGUACGGGCCGUUCACGAACGAGGAGCUCGUUGGGCAAGCAAUCAAAGGGAAACGAGAUGAAUUCGAGGUGGCCACCAAGUUUGGAUUUGAGAUUAAGAAUGGCACAAUGACUGGCUUUGACUCGACGCCGGCCAACGUGAGGAAAGUUUGCGAGGACAGCCUGAAGCGCCUUAACAUCGAUUGCAUCGACCUCUUCUACCAACAUCGAGUCGACCCCUACACGCCCAUUGAGGAUACUUUUAGCGAGUUAAAGGCACUAGUGGAGGAGGGCAAAAUUAAGUACAUCGGUUUGUCAGAGGCGAAUGCGGGAGAUAUUUGGAAGGCGCACGCUAUUCAUCCAGUCACCGCCUACCAGCUGGAGUGGCCGCUGUGGACAAGAGACGCAGAGAAGGAAAUCAUACCCACCUGCAGGGAGCUGGGGAUCGGUCUCGUCUGUUACAGUCCCCUGGGCCGUGGAUACUUGACCGGAACGAUUCAAAAGCUCGAGGACAUAAGCGAGAACGACUGGCGCAGAGGGAACCCGCGAUUCAGUGCUGAGGCGCUGGAAAGGAACAAGGCAAUGGUGAAGACUGUGAAGAACAUUGCCGAGAAGAAAGGGUGCAUGCCCGCCCAGGUCGCGCUUGCAUGGCUGCAACACCAAGGAAGCGACGUUGUGCCUAUCCCUGGCACGAAGAGGGUGAAGUAUCUGAUGGACAACGUUGGGGCAUAUUUUGUGAAACUUUCGCCAAAAGACAUGAAGGAGGUGGACUUCCAGCCGGAAGACAUAGUCGGCCAGCGAUACGGCGAGGAGUUCAUGAAGAACAUGACGUUCCACUACUGA